GUGGAGGGGGGUUCACUACAACGGACAAAGGGGUCGUUCCCUUACAAAUAUAGCCCAAAACUUGAAGACGUCAACAAAACAACCGCAGAAAGUCUCCUUUGACUCGACAUAGGGACAUUUUAGAUCUUCUGGGUUUCCCCGGACUAUCCUACUAAGUUUGGAGUUGUGGUGAGGGGAUGGAUGAUAUGCGGCCUGCUAGCGGCGCCGCACCCCACCUCGGCCUUGCGUCGCUCUUUCCCACCGGCCUGCAAGCUGUUUAUGCGGAAUGCAGACGCCUGUACCCCGACCAAGUCAACCCCUUGCAAGUUACAGCAAUCGUAAAGUACUGGUUAGGUGGGCCCGACCCACUGGACUACAUCAGCAUGUACAGGAAUGUAGGUUGUGGUGCACCGGACGUCCAGGAGCACUGGCACUACAUCAGUAUGGGGCUCAGCGACCUGUACGGAGACAACAGAGUUCAUGAGUUCACGGGCCCAGAUGGCCCCAGCGGUUUUGGGUUCGAACUGACGUUCCGGCUGAAGAGGGAGGCAGGGGAGACGGCGCCCCCCACAUGGCCCGCUGAGCUCAUGCAGGGCCUCGCACGAUACGUCUUCCAGUCAGAAAACACGUUUUGCAGCGGGGACCACAUCUCGUGGCACAGCCCUCUGGACAACAGCGAGUCGCGGAUCCAGCACAUGCUGCUGACGGAGGACCCCCAGAUGCAGCCCGUACACACCCCCUUUGGACAGGUCAACUUCCUCCAGAUUGUGGGUGUGUGUACAGAGGAGCUUCAGGCAGCGCAGCAGUGGAACGGCCAGGGCAUCUUGGACCUGCUACGAGGGGUGCAUGUGGCAGGCGGGCCAUGGCUAGUCACAGACAUGCGGCGAGGAGAGACGAUAUUUGAGAUCGACCCUCACCUACAACAGGAGCGAGUGGAGAAGGGCAUCGAGACGGACGGCUCCAACCUGAGCGGCGUGAGUGCCAAGUGUGUGUGGGACGACCUGAGCCGGCCGCCCGAGGACGAGGACGACAGCCGCAGCAUCUGCAUCGCCUCACAGCCACGACGACUCUCCGAUAAAGAUACAGAGCAGAUCAGAGAGGCGCUGCGGAAGGGACUGGAGAUCAACAGCAAGUCGGUGCUGCCGCCGAUCGGAGGAGGGAGGCAGAGCCACGAGCGCCCCCAACAAUCACUGGGACAUUUGCAGACCCAACACGCUUCAAGAAGUCGUAAGGACAGCCUGGAGAGCGAGAGCUCGGCGGCCAUCGUCCCUCAUGAGUUGGUCCGCACACGCCAGCUGGAGAGCGUCCACCUCAAGUUCAACCAGGAGUCCGGCACGCUCCUCCCCCUCUGCCUCAGGGGUCGGCUGCUUCAUGGGAGGCACUUCACGUAUAAGAGCAUAAACGGAGACACGGCCAUCACGUUCGUCUCGACGGGAGUGGAAGGGGCCUUCGCCACCGAGGAGCACCCCUACGCCGCGCACGGGCCCUGGCUGCAGAUCCUUCUCACGGAGGAGUUUGUGGAACAGAUGCUGGGAGAGCUGCAGGAUUUGAGCUCUCGCGAAGAGAGUAAGCUACCCAAGGAGUUCAGCUGGCCGGAGCGGAAGCUAAAGAUCUCUGUGCUGCCCGACUCGGCGUUCGACAGCCCUCUGCAGUAACCCUGCUCUGCUCUCCUUCCAUCACGUCACCACACUCCCACUCAAACCUUCACCCUCUCUCUCUCUCUUGCUCUCUCUCUCUCUCGUGCGCUCUCUCUCUCUCUC